UGUGUCCUUCAGCAUACUGGACUGGACAGGCUUUGGUGGACAUUCCGUUAUACUGCUUGAUUCUUCUUUCAAUAUAUUUAAUUAACUACUUCAUGAUUUUGGACCUCAACUUUUCACUGGGACUCAUGUUUGCUCUUAAUUCCCUCGGAUCCUUAGACUUCAGAACUCUCUUCCAACAUGGCCCAAGACAACUCUCCAAACAAGACCAUAACAAUGAAUCAGAGACGCAGCCGCACCAAAUUCACAGAAGAUCAAUUGAAAAUCCUCAUCAAGGCAUUUCAUCAAAAUCCUUACCCAGGUUAUGCUACCAAACAAAGACUCGCUUUAGAAAUCAACACUGAUGAGUCCAGAAUCCAGAUAUGGUUUCAGAAUCGAAGAGCUAGGCACCAGUGCCAGAAAAAAUCAGAACCCGAUGAGGACUUAGAAUCAAGUCAAGAUCAAGAUCACUCUGAAGAAGAGAUUCAAAGUAGAGAAGACAGACGGUGUCAUACCAGCUACACUUCUUCGCAAUUACACACCCUCAUCGAGGCAUUUAUGAACAACCCUUAUCCUGGCAUUGAUACCAGAGAGCAACUUGCUAAAGAAAUUGGCAUUCCAGAGUCAAGAGUCCAAAUUUGGUUUCAAAGUUGGAGAUCCAGAUUCCAUGUCCAGAGAAAAAGAGAACCUGAUGAUCAAGACUCAGAACAGAGACAAGACCAGGAACAGGAUCUCUGAAUGAGAGUUCAAGGCGCCACACCCAACGUGACCUCAAACUCAUGACCCCAAGAUCAAGAGUCACAUCUCUACUGACUGAGCUAGCCUGCUGCCCCUGAAGCAGAUAUUUUAAAAAGUAAAAUAUCUGGUCAAAUAGGGAUUUCUACAAGGAGUGUGGUAAUUUUAAAUAUGCUAAAAUUUCAAACCCAGUUAAUAAAGUUACAUUCCAAAAAAAAAAAAAAGAAUUCCCUCACUGUUUUUCUGAGGCUAGCAGUGUAUUUGAAGGGCAUUUGUUUCAAAUGGUGUGGGUAAGGUCUUUUUAGGAUAUCUAUUCCUCUGUAUUUCUACAUAUAGAAGUCUACCACUAACUUGUAAAACUGCAGUUUUGUAAAGCAGUGAAUAUAGAAUCUAGUUUAUAGCAGAUGGAGGAGUAAAUAUAAAAAGGGGAAGUAGAAACAGGAAGUGUUUUACAACUCCUUAAAAUGUACUGUUGUUGCUAUUGUUUGCCAGAGGGAAGAUUUAAUGGGAGGAUUCUUUUUUAUUUUCCUGAUGUUUGGGACAAGAUAGAUGAGGUAAUUAGUGCAGUAAGAUAAUGGAAAGAAAGGGAAUAGGAGGAAGGAGGUAGGGUGGUCAAAGAUAAGUUAUUUCAUUGCAUUUAUAGAAUUAGAAAGUUUAACUUCAGUUUUCUAAAACUUAAGACAUAUUGCUCUAUAUUUUGUUAAAGCAAAACCUUUAACCAUUAUAAAUGGUAAGGGCAAUAAAUCUUCAAAGAGAUUCUGAUACAAGGUUAUAAAAUAAACUAAUGAACCCUAAGAUUAUUUCAGUUUAUAUUGCUUUUUCCUUCAGAAAAUGUUUCUUGUUCUUGUGGAGGAAACAUUAUUUAUAUGCUUUUUGGUUGUAUUGUUUCAUAGAUAUCUUGACACCCAACACAUUGUACAUUAGCUGGAUGUAUGGACAAUUGACUCAUACAACAAAAAGUAGAGUGGUUAAGAGUUUGGGCUCUGGAGUCAGAUGGCCCCCAGUUUGAAUCCUUGAUCUAGCACAGACUAGUUAGAAGUCAAUUGGGCAAGUUACUUCAGUUAUCUGAACCUCAGAAAAUAUGUAUAAUAACAAUAGUACUCUAAAGGGUUAAGAUUGAGUUUUUCAAAGCACAUUAACUAUCAGAGUGCUAGUAAAUAGUUCAUCCAAGUACUUGGCAAACAGUAAAUGCUCCAUAGAUGCUCAAUAGGAGUUUCUAUCCUCUUCUCUUUCUCCUCUUUUCUUACAACUACAGUAACUACAGUCCCACUUAACAAAAUGUUUUGCAUAAAUUGGACCCUUAAUAUGUAUCUUUUUUGAUUGUUUGAUGAAUAAAAAACAUAAUGAGAAAUCCUCCUUACUCUUUGCCUUCCCAAUAUUCAUUCAUUGAUAUUUAUUGCAUUUCUCUGUUAAUGUGCCACUUUGCUUGAACAAAACAGUCUUUGCAAUCAGAGGGCUUACAUUCAAUGGAAUAUGUAAAAGAAAGUGAUUCUUAUUCAAACCGAACCAAACCAUUCUUCAGAAUGUCCCCUGGAUUUGUAAUGGAAGGAGAACCAGAGCCAGGGAGUCCGCUUACGAAACUACCAAAGUAGUCUGGGUGGGAAUAUGGGCUGCUACCUACAGUGCAGUGCUGUCCCUAUUAUUUGUCUCUGAGGAAUUUUUUUAGCAUAGUUGACACACAGUGUUCCAUUAGUUUCAGGUGUACAGCUUGGUGAUUCCACAAGUAUACAUUAUGCUAUGCUCACUGCAAGUGUAGCGACCAUCUGUCACCAUACAAUGCUAUUACAAUGUCAUUUACUCUACUUCUUAUGCUGUGCCUUUUAUCCCCAUGACUUAUUCACUCCUCUGAGGAUGUUUUAAACCUUUCAAUUUUCCUACGUUAGUAUCAAAAUGGAUAAUUCUUGUAUUUCUCCUAUUGCUUAAAUAUGGCAAUAAAUACCCACCUCAAUAUUUAUUUUGUCCUUUAAGUUCCCAAGUCAUAUUGCCAGUUAAUUCUUAAGUUUAUCCUGAUGGUGAAGGCAUUUGAGGAUUCUGGGUGAUAAAAUAAUGUUACAUCCCUUCUUUUUUUGUUGCUCUCCAUCCAUAUCAGAUAGUACAAAAUCUUUUAGAUGAGUAUGUCAGAGUUUAUUAUAAUCCUGUGUUGUAAUGAUAGUUUCAUGCUUCCUAAAGAGGAAAUCCUAACAAUAUAGCUAUAUAUAAGGUGAAAACUGAAAAUGAGAAUAUCUCCUAGGAAAACAGAUUCUUCAUAGAAAAUAGCUUAAAAUAUUAUAUAGUGACUGAGAAAAUUAUAAUACCUCUGGCUAUUUUUCUUUUAGAUCUCAUUACUUUUACUCAACUUCCUAUCAUCAGCUGAAUUUGAAAAACCCAGUUUAAUUUUAUGCAUGAUUUCAAUGCCUUUCUACACUUUAAUUGGAUUUUUCAUGUUUUUAGUAAAGGUGAGCAAUAUUACCCACUGUGUGACUGGCCUUAACCAUGUAGCCCAUUAAUAAAAUCUUUGCCCAAUGUUGGAACAGGUAUAAAAUUUAGAAGUUAUUCAAUGCUGAUAAGUUCUGAAAUUAAGAUUGCAAAACUGAAUAAGGUUGAUCUCUGUGUUUAAGUCCCUUUUCCUAAAAAAUAAGACUGCAUGGAAGAUGUGACAUAAUGCACUCUUUAAUUGCUUGGCACUUAGUGUCAAUAAAUUGCUUUGGAGGUGUGAUUGGAAAGGGAAGAAAAGUGUGUUGCUACAAAGCACUUCUGGGAGAAACCAAGCACUACUGUGAAUUUGGGGCAACUGUUGAUAAAUCUGAUCUACCUCACAGUUCUGUACUUUAUCAUUUCCCCUAACUUAAGUGUACUCCCCUAACCUAAGUGCACUCCUUAACGAGCACAAGGUAAUGUAUGGAACUGUUGAAUUACUAUAUUGUACUCUGGAAACUAAUAUAACACUGUAUGUAACUAACUGGAAUUAAAAUAAAAACUUAAAUAAAAGAAUA